GAAAAUAUUUGUUUCACUGCCGUUUCGAGUGUUUCGUUUUGCUCCACCAUCUUAAAAAUCCAAAAACCUGGCUUCCUUGAAUAGGAAAAAAUUUCGCAUAAUUCUAGUGUUAAAAGUAUAGUUAGUAGGUUAAAAUUGGUGAUAUUGGAGACUGAUUGCCGUGGGGAGGUGUUUUAUACAGUCGGCGCUCCGUCAGACCUAUGUCUAUCGCCGAUAUAGUACCGCAAAAUUAAAAAUGACAUUGCCCAGCACAGCACGAGUCUAUGCGGAUGUGAAUUCCCAUAAACCGCGUGAAUAUUGGGACUAUGAGAACUAUGGGGUGGACUGGGCGAAUCAGGAUGAUUACCAAUUAGUGAGGAAACUAGGCCGGGGUAAAUACAGUGAAGUAUUUGAAGCAUAUAAUGUGACCAACAACGAAAAAUGCGUGGUGAAGAUACUAAAGCCAGUCAAAAAGAAGAAAAUUAAACGUGAAAUUAAGAUAUUGGAGAAUCUGCGCGGGGGCACCAAUAUAAUAACUCUGUUGGCGGUGGUGAAGGAUCCCGUGUCCCGGACACCGGCUCUUAUAUUUGAGCACGUCAACAACACAGACUUCAAGCAGCUGUAUCAAACCCUGACGGACUACGAUAUCCGCUUCUAUCUCUAUGAGCUCCUCAAGGCUCUCGACUACUGCCACAGCAUGGGUAUCAUGCACCGCGAUGUGAAGCCCCACAAUGUGAUGAUAGACCAUGAAAAUAGGAAGCUACGCCUGAUUGAUUGGGGCUUGGCGGAGUUCUACCAUCCGGGACAGGAGUACAACGUGCGCGUGGCCAGUCGCUACUUUAAAGGCCCCGAGCUCCUCGUGGACUACCAAAUGUAUGACUACUCAUUGGAUAUGUGGUCACUGGGCUGCAUGCUGGCAUCCAUGAUAUUCCGAAAAGAGCCCUUCUUCCAUGGUCACGACAACUAUGACCAGCUCGUGCGCAUCGCCAAGGUGCUCGGUACGGAGGAAUUGUACGCGUAUCUCGACAAGUACAACAUUGAGCUAGAUCCGCGCUUUAAUGAUAUCCUAUCGCGGCACUCACGCAAAAGAUGGGAGCGCUUCGUGCACUCGGACAAUCAGCACCUCGUGUCACCGGAGGCGCUUGAUUUCCUGGACAAGCUCCUCCGCUAUGACCACUAUGACCGCCUGACUGCGCGCGCCGCCAUGGAACAUGCCUACUUUUUGCCCAUCAUCAACGGCCAGAUGCCGCCGUCCAAGGGAAGCAAUCAAUAAUCCAUCAUCCCUCCCAAUACCAACAAUUCCUCCGGCAGCAGCACCAAUGGCACCACACCACGGACCAACGACACCACCAUGCAGACCCACAGUUGAUGACCCUCUUCUGACGCUCCAAAAUCACCACCUUUUAGCGAAAACAUCCCCGCGCGAAUGCCCCAUGGACCCACAAAAUCACAUUUUUCAAAGACAAAUCACCCGUUCAACGUAUCACCACCAUGUUUGCGAGACAGCUUCGGAUGUUCCGGAGGAUUAGUGCAGGAACCCUCUAUUCUCCUCCAAAUUCCCAUUUUUUUGCGUUUGAACCGCUGUCCUCGCCGAUGUCCACACAACAUUCUCUACAGACUCAAAAUAAGGUGCUGAUGAGUGCUGUCUGCUGAAUCAUUGUCCCAGGAUUGUAAAAAAAAAACAAAGCUUUUCACUCUAAGUUGAAUCACCUUUCCUUUCAACGCAAUUUUCAUCCUCAAACGCUCUUAUUAUAGGGUCAUGCAAAUAAAAAAAAAUUGGCGGUACAGAACUGAAAUAGAACGCAUUAUUAUACACAAAGAAAGAAAGAAAAAAAAUGCUUUAUCACAAAAUGUUUUGAGUAGAUGUUUGAAAUAAAAUUACUAUAUAGCUUCACCUUA